CACUUUAAAACAUUUUUCAUUUACCAGGGAGGACAUAACUUUAUGCAUAAUUACAAUCACUCGAAGAAGCAACAAAGGCAAAACAGAAAACGAAAGCCAUCGCCAUUUGUCGAUGUAUCUUUCGAGGGAAAGAGUUCAAUCAUCUUCAACAGAGCAAAUGAAAUUAAAUAAAGCAACAUUGAAAGGGAAAGAGCCAUGAUCACACCACAUGCAACAGAGCCCCCACUGCGCAAACACCAUUAUAAGCUCAGAUAACCAAACCUGUGAUGUCACACAGAGAGAUCACAAUUUCUUGAACGCCUCUGUUUCUUCUUGCUCUGUUUCAGAGAGAGAGAGAGAGAGAGAGAGAGGGGGGGGGGGGGGAACGGAGGGAGAGGGAGAGAUGGUGGGGAGGUGCUGUUCCGGCUCCGGCGAUGUGCUGCCAUUCGCGGCCAUAGUAGCCAUGGAGUGCGCCAACGUGGGGCUGAACACGCUAUACAAAGCUGCAACUUGGACAGGGAUGAACUACUACGUCUUCAUAGUCUACGCAUAUGCUAUUGCUGCUCUGCUUCUCCUUCCUUCCCCCUUCAUCACCCACAGAAAAGGGCUGCUUCCUCCACUCAACUUCUCUGUUCUAUACAAAAUUGGCCUACUGGGACUGGUUGGUUCUACAUCUCAGAUCAUGGGGUACAAAGGCAUCAAUUACAGUUCUCCUACUCUUGCCUCUGCUAUCAGCAACCUCACGCCAGCUUUUACCUUCAUCCUCGCGAUCCUCUUCAGGAUGGAGAAGGUAGCUCUGAGAAGCUCAAGCAGCCAGGCUAAGAUCAUGGGCACCAUAGUAUCAAUAUCAGGAGCAUUUGUAGUCACGCUCUACAAAGGUCCAGCGAUUGUAAUAUCUUCAUCACCAUCCAAAUCACUCCAUUCCCUGGCCUCAUCACAGUCCAAUUGGGUCCUUGGCAGCCUUUACCUUACCACUGAAUAUCUACUCAUACCAGUCUGGUACAUUAUUCAGGCAAAAAUUAUGACGGAGUACCCAUCAGAGCUCACAGUGGUUUUCUUCUACAACUUGUGUGUGGCCAUUGUAGCUGCCGUCGCAGGUUUAGUUGCAGAAGUGGACUUGAGUGCUUGGAGAGUUGGACUCAACAUAGCAUUGAUAUCUAUCUUAUGCUCGGGAUUUUUUGGGUCAUUCAUGAGCAUUGCAGUUCACACAUGGGCUCUGCGCUUGAAGGGACCGGUCUAUGUAGCUAUGUUCAAGCCAUUAUCCAUUGUAAUAGCAGUUGCCAUGGGAGUCAUAUUCCUGGGAGACACACUCCAUCUUGGGAGUGUUGUUGGAGCAACCAUAAUAUCCCUCGGGUUUUAUACGGUCAUGUGGGGGAAAGCGAAAGAAGAGGUGAAUGAGGAAUGUGGGUUUAGAAGCUUGGACUCGCAGUCUACUCAAAAGACCCCUCUGUUGCCAAGCUAAUGAGCGAUACAGUUGAUGAAAUGUAAAACCAAUUGUAUGCAUAUGAAUUGAAGCCCAGUUAUGUUCCCCAGCUAGCUAGCUACUUGCAUUCUGAAAAUUUUAAUGGGCUUCUUCAGAUUCAGAGCACAGAACCCGUCACUGAGGAUCAUAUAAAGCAUGCGGUGAGGCACACAUGAACUGACACAGCUCAGGCAUUUGAAUAUUAUGACAUGAUAGUAUUAUCCCACCCAGAUUUAUGAAAGAAUGAAGGGAAAAAAAUUGAAUAGCACUUUCAGGAAUAGACAGGGAUGGUACAGAAAACAUCUACUCUUUACAAGAAAGUGUGGUGGGCAUCCAAAAUAAGAGCCUGUAAUAUUCUCAACAUAUAUAAUAUCUCAGAAUCUUAAGCCUUGUGACAUAGGGAAGCGCCACUGGGAUGGUACAGAAAACAUCUGUAAAGUGUGGUGGGCCUCCAAAAGAAGAGCCUGUUAUGUUCUAACAUUUAUAAUAUCUCAGAAUUUUAAGCCUCGUGAAA